UAGCAACCCGACAGCCGAUGUGCAAAGGCUACGACAAAAGCAAGUAUUGUAGUGUUUCAUGCGGAUACGGUUGGGUUUCACGACAGGCCAUGACGGACAUUAUACCUUCAUUUCUCCCACCAAUGCAUGUCCGCAGGUAUGUCAUGAGGCUCCAGGAGAGAGCUGUGCCGCCACCAGAGCCACAGGCGGGACUGACGGUUGAUGCCCCCAGCUCAUCUGCGGAAGGGGAGGCACCACACAUGCCGGAGAGGACAGCAGCACCUACCGCAGCAGCCCAGCUCCUGACUCCUCGGUUUUGGGGUGCCUUUGAGGACCGAUUUCCCGUUACCCUUCACGGAAAGCCUCCAACAAGGGCGCAGGCAGCAGAGGCAGGAUUUAUGGACCGCAGCUACUACCACUACUGGAGGAGGCUUCAGUACAAGCUGCGGGUACAGUAUAUUCUUGAGCAGUCCACUGGCAGGACCAGCCAAAAACCCCUGGCAUCUCACGUCCAGCGUGCCAUUGCCAAGGAGAAUGCGUGGACCACCAACGUGCCCUCCGUGGACAGUGUUCUGCUGGCAUGGGUGCCCUGCCAGGAGCCAUCGGCUGCAGAGAAUGAUCCUGUGAUCAUUGCCUCCGUGGUCCAGCAGAAAUGGAAAGGGCUGGCCAUUAAGAGCUUUGAGGGGAAAGGCAAAGGGGUCAUUGCCACCAUGGAGUUCAAGAGGAACCAGGUCGUGUGUGACUACCACGGUGAAGUGGUCUCCAAGCAGGAAGGGGAGCGGAGGCUGGAGACCCUCACCGGGGAGCCGUCAUACCUGUUUUUCUUUAAGGGAAAGGGUGGCAAGCCUCUCUGCAUCGAUGCCCAGAAUUUCCCCUGUGACUGCCACCCAGACCAGGAGACUUAUGGGAGGAGGAUGAACCAUUCCUGCAGCAAAAACAAUGUGCGGCCUCAGAGAGUUUCUCUAAAAUUUCUGGAUGGUCUCAGGGAAUGCGUUCUCUUCUUCGCUCUGCGGGACAUUGCCGUCAGCGAGGAGCUCCUGUGGGAUUACGGGGUUCGCAGAUCUUCAUUCCAAGGAGAAGGGUGGGAUCUUUCUUGGCUUGAUGACUGACUUGGAUCAUGUAGCUCUUCUUGUCCACAUCUCCUUGUCACACACAUAUAUUUUCCCAAUGUAUAAAUGUAAAUACUGUAGCAAAAAUAAAACAAAAAGUAAGAGUGUUGCACUGCAUACUGUAUCCACUUUCGAAAUAAAGUGGGUCAUUCCCUUUCAGUGCAUCUCAGCGUGUGUGCUUCCUUACUUUACUGUUAAGUAAUCAA